AUGUCUUACGCCCAUCUGUUCCUCCCACCUGUUCCGCCUCAUCCUUGCAGCGAGGUGCGGAGCAGUCAACUGCUGGCAGAUGUGGCGAGCAUGUUCGCCCACAGGGGGCAGCAGGCGGGGCUGGAGGCAGAGGAGGCGGAGUGUGACGUGCUGCUCGCCUUCCUCUCGCGAAUCCACCUCGCCGAGCAGUCUGCCGCCCAGAAACUCGCUCUCGAUCUCGGGCGGCUCACUGGGGAUAUCCAUGAGGUGCACCUCAGGCGGGCGGCGGUGAUGGGCGGCCAGCAGGCGCACGGGCGGCACGGGCAUGGCCGGCAGGGGCACGGGCGGCAGGUGCACGUACAUGGAUCGGGGCAGCAGGGGCAGUCUCAGCCGCUCAUGCUGCCAGCUCCGUCCACACAGACGGUAGAGGAUAGGGAAGGCGGCAGACGGGGCCGCAGGGAGGGUGGCUGGGAGGGUGGGAGUGACAUGAGCGGAGGGGCAGAGAGGGACCUUUGGAGUGCCUUUUCCCCCCGCUCCCCCCGCCCUGGGCUCAUCCCACCCUCUCAUGCCGCUGCUGCUGCUGCUGCUGACAUGAGUGGAGUGGUGAGCAUGGGUGGGGGAGGGCGAGAGGCGAGAGGGAGGUGGCCGGCAGGUGAAGCGGAGGAGGCACGAGAAGGGGCACGAGAAGGGGCACGGCAUUUCCCUUCCUCCGUUCCUGCCGCUGCUGCUGGCGUUUCUGCUGCUCCAUUCAGUAUGGGACGGCCGCGGGGGGCAAGGAGGAGCGUGCGGUUACUGCGUAACCUGGACCGGUUGGAAGAGGUGUAUUUCGCCAUGCGCUGGAGAGUAGAGGCGGCCAAUGGGGGACCUGUUGGGAGGGGGGCCGGUGCCACUGCCUCUGCCGCUGCUGCUGCUGCUGCCGCUCUGCCUGCAAACGACGCUGCAGUGCCGCUUGCUGCCCCUCGCGCUGCUGCUGCUGGCGCCGGUGUUGGUGGUGGUGGUCGCGGUGAUGGUGGCAGUAGUGCUGGCGGUGCAGGUGGGAUUGAUGGUGGCGGUGGUGGUGGCAGUGUUGGGGGGGAUGAUGAGUCGAGUCAGGGUGUGGUGAGGCCAAGAGAGGUGAUGGAAGGGGGAGCAGAGGACAGAAGAGGCGAAGGUACAGGCUCAGAGGCGGAGGCAGGGCAGGCCAGGGCAGCAGCACCCGCUUCGACUGCUGCUGCCGGGGCAGUGGUUGGUGCAGGGCGGGCAGCAGCACCAGCAACAGCGGCAGGAAGAGCAGGCGGAGCGAUGGCAGCGCCACAGCAGCAGCAGCAGCAGCAGCAGCAGCAUGUGCACGAGCAGCAGCAGGGAGGUGCGGAGGGCAGCAGGGACCUACUGGGCGAGUUCUUCGACUCGCUCUGCAAGUUCGCGCGCUACUCGCGCUUCGAGGUGCGCGCCACGCUGCGCCACGCGCACCUCCUCAACGCCGCCUCCAUGGUCUGCUCCCUCGCCUUCGACCGCGACGCGCAGUUCUUCGCCACGGGCGGCGUCUGUCGGCGGAUUCGGAUCUUUGAGUGUGAGAGCGUGCUGGCCGGGCGGCGAGUGGACGUGCACUAUCCGGUGGUGGAGAUGGGCUGCCGGGCCAAGCUGUCGUGUGUGAGCUGGAACGGGUAUAUCAAGAACCGGCUCGCCUCCGCGGAUUACGACGGGGUUGUGCAGCUGUGGGAUGCGGGCACGGGAGCGGCGGUGAUGGAGUGGGGGGAGCAUGAGAAGCGAGCGUGGAGUGUGGACUUCUCUCCCUGCGAUCCCACGCGCCUUGCCAGCGGCAGCGAUGACGGCACUGUCAAGCUGUGGAGCAUCAACCAGGUGGGCAUGAACCAGGUGGGCAUGAACCAGGUGGGCAUCAACCAGGUGGGCAUCAACCAGGACACGAGUGUGGGCACGAUUCACACCAAGGCCAACGUGUGUUCGGUCGCCUUCCCCCCGCACUCCUCGCACCUGCUCGCCCUCGGCUCGGCCGACUACUCGCUGCACUGCUUCGACCUGCGCUCGCUCCGCGCGCCCCUCGCCACGCUCACGGGCCACAGCAAGGCUGUCAGCUACGUGAAAUUCGUCGAUGCUUCGACAAUCGUCUCUGCCUCAACAGACAACACUCUGAAGCUGUGGGACUUGAACCAAGCAUGCAGUCAGCAGGCGGGGGGAGGGGCUGAUGGGGCCUCUGCUUGCACGAGGACGUUCACUGGCCACACAAAUGAGAAGCCACACAUCGCGUCCCCCUCAGCUCUCGUGUCCCUCUGUCUCGGCGGAAUCACGUGGGGCUCACUGCAGCUGGUGGUUACGAGUUUUGAGGCGCCGCAGAACUCCCCGCUGCACAACUCCCCGCCGCACAACUCUCCACCGCAAGACUCCCCUCCGCAGGACUCCCCUCCGCACAACUCCCCACCGCAAGACUCCCCUCCGCAGGACUCCCCUCCGCAGAACUCCCCUCCGACCUCACAUCGCAAUCCCCCAUCUCCUGUGUCUCCCUGUCCUGGCAGAGCGUGGUGGGGCUCAGUCAGUAACCUUGUGGGGCCCACGAAUUUUGUGGGGCUCACUGUGGCUGAUGGCUACAUCGCAUGCGGCUCCGAAACUAACGAGCAUUCUCUGUCCCGACUCCCCUCCACCACUCCUUGUGUGCGCCACCAUCCCGUUCUGCCUCACUCAUUUGAGGCGCCUCAAAACCCGUUGUGCCUCUCACUGUUGUUCCACGAUCCGAAUCUGCAAUCCAUUUCACCGUCCAUUUGUGCCCAAUCACACACCCCCUCUCCGCCUGUCUCCGAUCCAUCUCCCUCCCCAUCACCGCUCCUCUCCCAGGUGUUUGCGUUCCACAAGUCGCUGCCAAUGCCCAUGGCAGCACACCGCUUUGGGGGGGUUGAUCCGGUCACAGGCGCGGACACGGAGGAGGAUGCGGGGCAGUUUGUGUCGAGUGUGUGCUGGCGGGGUGACUCUCAAACACUCGUUGCUGCGAAUUCUACUGGGAACAUUAAACUGCUGGAGAUGGUCCUUGCCGUACCCUUCUUCUGCCACUCCGCCGCUAAUCUUCCGCUGGUUUCUUUCGCCAGCCUUCCGCCAGUUUUCCGCCAGUCUUCCGCCGAUCCCCCGCCCAGUCCGCCGCCAGGCGCCAUGAGUGCGGAGGAGCUGCAGCCGCCGCGCGUGCUACCGACGGUGCCGGAGACGGUGCUGAAGAAGCGGAAGAAGGACGAGCAGUUCGCGGCGGAGAAGCGCGAGCAGUUCCUGCAGAAGCACGCGCACCGCGGGAAGCGCGGAAAGGCAGAGAAGCGCUUCAAGCGCCCAGAGGACUUCGUGCUCGCGUUCCGCCGGAGGCUCAACUCGGGCGUCUUCCUGCGAGCCACGGACCGCACGGCUCAAAUGCUGCAACUCGUCGAGCCCUACGUCACCUUCGGAUUCCCCAACCUUUCAUCAGCGCGCGCGCUCAUAUUGAAGCAAGGCGUGGGCGCACUUCCCUGCCUCCCCCUCCCCCCUUACCCUCCUUCCCCCAUCUUCCCGCAUCAACCCACUGUAUACUCCCAACCCCCACUCAGGUUCCCCAACCUAUCCUCAGUGCGCGCGCUCAUUAUGAAGCGAGGCGUGGCACGCAUACGGCAGCAAGAGGAGGGGGAAGGUGACGACGAGGGGGAGGAAGGCGAAGAGGGGGAAGACGCAGGGGAAGGGGAGGAGCAAGCGGAGGGGGAUGAGGAAGCAGAGGGGGACGAGGGAGGGGAGGGAGAGGCCAAAGAGGUGGAAGCAAGGCAGGGGGGAGCAGCAGAAGGGGCAGGGGGUAGUGGGGCGAUGGUGGUGGGAGAGCCUAGAAAGCCGGAGGCGAUGGUGGGGUGGACGGGGCCGGUAAAUCCAGAGGAGGAGGCCAAGGGGUGGCGGCGAGUGCCGCUCACUGACAACGCUAUUGUUGAACAGGCACUAGGCAGCACAGGCAUCAUCUGUAUCGAGGAUUUGAUUCACGAGAUCGCUACAGUGGGGCCGCACUUCCUGCAAGUGACUGGCUUUCUUUGGCCUUUCCGCCUCGCCGCUCCCAGGGGCAAGUUCAGCAAGGCCGGGUGGUUCAACAAGGGAGGGGAGGCUGGGAAUAGGGGAGUUGAGAUCAAUGACCUCAUUCGCCAAAUGGCAUGA